AUGAAUCUGAAUCUGAAUCUGAUGCUGCUGGGAGACGGCCACCUCCACCCGCCCGAAUAUUCCGAGUUCGACGACAUCAACUGGGAAGGCGUAGGCGUAGGCUCACAGGGGGUUGGGAACACCAUCUCUGAGGCUUCUGGACACGGUCGAGGGGCUGGAAGUGCUACAUCUACAUCUUCGGAUUCGGGUGGCGCAGGGCCCGGCCCCGGCCCCGGCCCCUAUCCGUCCAUCCUGGAAAGCAGAAUCUCGGCUGGAAGAACCACUUCACAACUGGCAUUGGAACGGCCGACGAAAGAGAGAGACUCAUACUAUGACAAUAUAGCCCGCCUGCAUCGCUCCCAGGUACCACCGGAGACGGGCCAUCUUGGCCGCUAUGUGAUGGACGGGUUCGUUGGCAGGAAGGAUCAUCUGGAGAUCCCUCGAAUCGUCUUCCACCGUAGUCGCACCCUGGGAGUCGAUGGACAUCUGGCCCUCGAACAAAAGACCCCCAUCCUUCUGGAGAUCGGAAUGACCCCCCAGCCAGGUCCGGCGAAGCUUUCCACUUCUUCAGAAACCUCGGUAUGUUCAGAUUUCGAGACUCUGCUCUCUGAGAAGCAGCGUGAACGCUUGGUUCAACUCUUCUUCCGCUUCGUGCAGCCUGGAUUUCCAAUUCUGCCACAUCUUGUGCCAGGCGAAGGCGGAGGCGACAGUGAAGCAGACAGUGAAAGCGACAGCGACACGCUCAAGAUGCUCAGAGAUGCCAAUGCGCCACUUGCUCUGCGUGCCAGCCUCUAUGCGACCGCUCUGCCCUUCGCCAUGCACGAUGACCAUCUGAGCGCGACCUUGACAGACAUGUUGGAAACAAGGGAGAGGCUCUACUCGAUAGCAACCACGGCCAUUUUGGAAGAGGCGAACUCGCCUUCGAUAGAAAACCUGCAGGCAUGCCUCUUGCUGCUUCAAAAAGGACCGACCUCUCAACACCAACUUCCAGGCUUGACCCCGACGUUUUCCUGGCUCACCUCCCUGGCGGUGACAAUGGCCAGAUGGCUUGGCCUCCAAUACGACUGCAGCAGUUGGAGCAUCCCAUUGACCGAAAAGCAGCUUCGCACGCGCCUAUGGUGGGCCACCUUUUGUAUGGAUUUGUGGAUGAGUAUGGAUUCCCCCGGCGGCCGGUCCAUUGGCUCUCAGGACUACGACAUCCCUGUCCUGAGACCGGCGCCAGAGUUCACCGACGACGUGGGGUUUGUUCCGAGUGAGGCCAUUCACUUCUACCAUCUCGUCACCCUGACUUGCCUCCUGUCUCAAAUCUAUGAAAGCUACUAUACGGUGCGAGCCAGCAAGGAGACGGCAUCAAAUAUGCUCAAGUCACUCGAACAUGCUCGUCCGAUCCGGUCGGCUCUCAACGAGUGUCGACAGAGACUCAACUCUGACCUUCCACUGGACGAAGAAGGAUCCGGGCUCAGUGCAUCUGUCCAUCUGGCAUGCUCCGUGGUUUCCAUCAUCCUCUUUCGUGCCUUGCUCCGUCCAAUCCAGAACCAUGUCUCGACAUUGUCGACCCCGACAGCACCCCACAGAUCUGCUGCCGAUGCCAUCUUGACCGGCUCCGUCAACUGUGCAAGAAGUGCCGUAGAGCUGCUGGAGAGUAUGGUGUCUGUGGUCGGACCUUGGAACUCGUUCUGGCAUUCCUGGUCUCAGGGGAAUUUCGCCAUGGUAAGUACCUUCCUCGUCCAGCUGUUGCUCCUGAGCGUCGCCGAGGUUUCACAAGAGGGCAUGAGGUCGGAAGUGUCCCAACUCAUUUCUCGGUGGAAGCGCGCCAUCCGGAUUGGGGCUGGAGGAGGAGGGUGGGCUAGCUCGCUGAUGAGCAUGGCAUUGAGUAGAUUGGAUUCUUUAUUGAAUCAGAUAACAGAUAACUCGUUGAAAGCAUGA